AUGGAGGAAAUUUUCUUGACAUCACCAACUUGUUUUGCUACCGACGAAAGCAACAACAUUGCGGUAGGGUUUGUCGAUGGUAUUGUGCAAUUCGCUAAAUAUGAUCUCUCGAAAAAGUCCUUCAAAACUGAGUGGAAAUUCAAAACGAAAGCAAGUGUUCGAGGGUUGGUGUUCAAUCCAGAACUCUCAGAAGUAUAUGCUGUAACGCGGAAUAGAGGAUUGUCAUGUUUUGAUGUGGAGACGGGACGGAGGAAGCGAUGUCUCGUUCAUGGACAUGACGAUAAGCCCACUUCUAUUUGUCUGCUGCAACCAAACGCCAGUUUUCCGAUUAUUUUGUUUAUUAUUCAAACUCCAAAUGGCAUAGCGUAUUAUGUAACAGGUGCGCACCUGGGAUCUUCGAGUAAGUUCUCCGAUGAUAUGCUCAUGGAAAGAACAGGAAGCGGUGAGACUUAUCGACUAGACGUAAAUGCUCUGAAGCUCGACAGUCGGCAUAACUUGUUAUCGGCCUCGUCGGAUGGCACGCUCGCAGCUUAUGAAGUGCGCAAGCGAAAAUUACGUAUGAAGAGCGAACUGAUGCAUUCGGAGCUCGUUAGUUUAUGUGUUACAGAGAAGUACGUUUAUGCUGGUGGUCGGGAUGGUUAUCUCGAAGUAUUUGUACAUGGAGAUUAUGGCAAUAUUUUGGAGCGCAUUGAAUCGGGGUUUGAAAUGGGAGUAGACGAUGUCGUAGAACUACGAAAGGGCCUCCUGCUGACGUGCAGUGGAUCGUCGGACAAGCUAAAGCUUAUAAACGUUAUGCCAACAAAGAAAUUGGGUACCGCUGGAACACAUGGAGACGACGACGGCAUCGAUCAACUUCUGGUAUCGCCGGACCGUUCGACUUUAAUAUCGAUGUCAUCAUUUGCAAAUUCUAUCAAAUUCUGGCCUUUGAAUAAACUACUGGAAAAUGUACCUGUGCUGCGGGUUGUUGAUAUCAAAAAGCGCAAGCCCGUUGUCAAAGAAGGGUUUUUUGAUGAUCUCAUGGAUAAGACGAAAAAGAAGAGGAGAGCAGAAGAAGAUGAUGUUAUGGAGAAUGGAGUUGAGGAUGGACCAGAUGAUGACUCUGAUGUCGAUGAUGAAGAUGAGGGUCAAAUGCUCAGGUGUAAUUUCUGUUCAACCGAACGGAGAGAACAAUACAAGUGCCCCCGAUGUGGUGCCACUUACUGCUCAUUAAGGUGUUACAAAUGCCAGGAACAUUCCAAAUGCUCGGAAGAUUUCUACAAACAAUGCGUCAAAGAAGAAUUGGAAGGUCGUCACUUCAAAGGAAAUGGAAAAGGACAGGACACGUUUGAAGAGCGCAUGCAGAAGUAUCUGGAUGGUGAAUUGGAUGAGAUGCCAGGCGCGGAAGGGAAAGGAUCCUCAGCUGACGAAGCUGAUCCGCUCGAUUCUGAUGAUGAAGAGCCUGGUGUGAGUGGUUUUCAACCAAAAGCCGACCAAUAUUUGGAAAAAGUUGUCACCGACACGGUUGACGAUUACCUUCUCGAUGAGGACGAAAUUGACAGAAGGUUACUGGGAUUGGGCAUUGGAGGAGAAGUGGAACAAUUGAUGGGAGUUUUGAGCGAUGAAGAACGUGCUGCUUUCGCCCAGCUAGCCGAACAAAUUCAUAUCGAUACAAGCGGUAACCGAAUGACCGUUAAGGUUUGCUCUUCGAUUGCUUCUGAAGUUUCUGAUCCACAUAAUCGGCUUUUUGCUGUCGUGUAUGUGAAUGGACGGCAAUGGAAAGUUAGUCAAAAUGAUCUAAUCGCCCUCACAGGGAGUCUACCGAUAGCUAUUGGCGACAAGAUUAAGCUUGAAAAGUGGUCGUUAGUUGUCUAA